GCAAUAUUUGUUGAUUGUCAAUUGUUAAGAAUUUGUGUGUAAUCAACAUUAGUCAAUAAAGUAAAAACUGUCCGAGGUUUAAUUAUAUUAAAAGUUACUGAAAUCAUCAUUAAGAUGAAUAAAUUUAAAUCGCUGCAAAAGGAGAAGAUAAAAAAGUUUAUAUCACUAACUCAAACCAGUGAGCAAACUGCUAUAUAUUGUUUGCAGCAAAGUGGAUGGAAGUUGGAAGUAGCGAGUGAUAAUUUUUUUCAACAUCCGAAAGAAUAUUGCCGCGAAGUAGAUCGCAGAAAAAUUGAACAACUGUUUCUGCGGUAUCGUGAUAAAAACGACGAUUUUAAAAUAUGCUCUGAUGGUGUAAUAAAGCUUUUAGAUGAUUUAGAGCUAAGUCCCGAUUCAAAAUUAGUUCUGAUUAUAGCAUGGAAAUUUCAUGCUGAAGUACAAUGUGAGUUUUCACGCGACGAGUUUGUAAAUGGCAUGUUUGAGUUGGGAGUUGAUAGUAUAGAUAAAUUGAAAGCCAGACUUCCUAUACUCGAAAAAGACCUAAAUGAUUUGGGUAAAUUUAAAGACUUUUAUCAGUUUACUUUCAAUUACGCUAAAGAUCCAGGCCAAAAGGGAAUCGAUUUGGAUAUGGCAAUUGCUUACUGGCGUAUUGUGUUAAGUGGCCGUUUUAAGUUUUUAGAUAUGUGGUGCAUAUUUUUAAAGGAAAAACAUAAACGGUCUAUACCAAAGGAUACUUGGAAUUUAUUGCUUGAUUUUGCUACGCAAAUCGAUGAAAAAAUGACCAAUUACGAUUCGGAAGGUGCUUGGCCUGUACUUAUCGAUGACUUUGUGGAAUGGUGCCAUGAAAAUCAUAUGACAAAUGAAAAUCGGAAUUUUUCCUCUCAACAGUUAACACAAUUAAAUUUUUCCAACACUUUUCAAACUUCAAACAACUCAAGUAGUAUGAACUAUGGCUAGCGCUUAAUUAACAUGUAUGUGUUAUUUCAUUAUUUUUAGUUUUAUCGUUAUUGUAAUUAGAAUUUUUUUAUAUAUCAAAAAUAUGUUAUAAAUGUGUUAUCCUUCAUAAUAAAUAUAAGAAACUGAAGUAUCU